AUGGCUUGGAGAAACGUUAAAAAAUUGGGCAAUAUCAUUAAUGAUGUUCGGUCUUCCUCAAAGAUCGUUAAAUCUCAAAAUACUGCCAUAUCUUCCCGUGACUCUUUACCUAAUGAUGACAAUCUGGUUUCUUCCUCAACUGUUCAAGAUUCUAAUUAUGCUGCUUAUAGUUGCGGUACGCGUUCGAGUUUAAGUGAUAUUCAUAGCGAAUUACAUGAUGCGAGUGAGUUACUUUAUCUUCAGCUGCCAGAAGAUGUUAAAUUGGUUUUGGAUAGACUUCGGAAUUUACAGCGUGCUGAAAAUUCUGUCUUAUUUUAUGAUAAAAAAUUGCCGAAUGGUGAACGUCAGGCUCUUUCAGUAAUACACGAAAAUAUGGAAUGUCAUUAUGCUGGUCGUUCCGAUCAACUUCCACAUUCCCGUUAUUAUGCCCGUCUUUCGCAUUCCUCUGCUUCAACCUUUCAUUCUGAGUCAUCUGAAUCAUCCUCAAAGCAUUCCUCAUUAGUAAAAGUUUUGGGCGCCUCUAGUCUCUUGACUAAAAUAAUCGGUUCUAUAUUAUCUCAUCAUCAUGAUGUUCUAAUGAAUUCACUUACUGAUUCUACAACCUUGGAGAAUUUUCAUCUGCUAUGUGCACAAGUGUCUAAGGAGGCAAAGGAACUAGCCAAACAGAUAAGGAGAAUUACUACCCAAGGAAAAACAGAUGAGUUGGUAGAAUAUGGUCAGAUCGUUUACAAUGAGUUAGUGUCUCAUGCAAAUAAUUUGGUGGAAGCAUUAGACCUGUUUGUAAAUUUUGUUCAUCUUCAUCUCCCACAAAAUUAUGAAGGGCCAUCGAAGUUGAUUUUAACGUAUUCGGUAAAUGCACAACCAAACGAGCCCUUGACAACUGAAGAACAAAAACAUAAAAAGCGACGUUCAGAUGCGAAGCAAUCAAUAAAUGACCUAAAUGUGACGUCUGAUAAUUCGGAUCGUUUAAGUGGACACAGUACUGUGUCAUUUGAAAGGGGACAAUCUCCUUUAUCACAUAAAUUUAAUGUCGGCUUGUCUUCUUCUUGGCGAUCGCGAAAUGAAAGUACUGAUUCCGAAUUAUCUAUUGCAUCCGUGGCUACUAUGCCGAUAAUUUAUUCUAAAGAAAGAAAAAUCACCUUCUCGGAAAGUUCUUCUUUGCACAAACCUCGUUUUCACAACCACAUAUCUCCACUGUCAAAUAACCGUCUUUACCGCAAGAAUAUGGAUCUUUCUAUUGAUACUUCAUCUAAAAAUGAUCCAUCUCCUUUUUAUUCUUCUCCAAAUACUCCAAAUACUCUUAAUAGUAAUUGUAGCAUUUCAUUUAACCAUCGAAAUCGCGACAGCUAUUUACGUUUUAAUAACGAGCCUGUAUCACCUGCAUUGUCUAAUUCGAGUAAAGGCUCUAAAUUUAAAGAAAUGUUAGACGAAUCAUCUUUUAAACCGUCUUUAGGAUGUAACAUCGAUCAAGAUACCAAAAAAAAUCGUACUAGAACCCAAUCAUUUAUCUCUAGAUUUAUGUCUAAUAGUCGUCUAUCAAGUUCCCCUCCAUUAUCACCUAUAUCAACACAUUCUCUCUACAUCCCUUCAAAUAAGACCUCAAAAUCUUCUUUAUCUAUAGGAAAUAGACGAAAAAGUAAAGAAAACUUGACUGAUUCUGAAAGAGAAAAUGAACCAAGACCCCGUCGUGUUUCAAAUCCAAGCACAAAACCUCAUUUCUUCAAACAUCUUCAUCUGCCUUCUCGUAAAGGUAAAGUUUCCGAAAAUACCGCCCGAACUACGAAUUAUUGGCCGGUAACUGAGGAUCCUUUAGUCUCUGAAUCUCCUACGAACAAAAAUCCAAAUCGUUUUUUCAGAACUCCUUCAUUAUCCGGUAAACGUCCUAAACUACAUAAAAUUAACAGUGACACUGAUUUAAGAAGCUUACGAAAAAUGUGGGCAGAACGUGAACAAACAUCUCCUUUAUCUGCUCAUGUGGAGGAAGUUCGGGAAGAUCCUAAUAGAAUUGAUAAUUGUCCUUCAGUCGAAGUUUGUGAUGAAAAUCUAAGAGAAAGUUUACUUCGUAAAAUCCAUGGUGAUAUGGAAUCAGACCAAACAAAUGAUGACAAAACCUUAAAUAAAUUAUCAGAUAUUAAUGAUUCACGUGAUGGUGCUUUGCUUACAAAAGUAGAUGGAAGUACACAUAUCGUAGAAACACUUGAAAACUUACUAUCCAAGCUGGUUGAUGAAAAUGAACAAGAGAAUUUUCAAAUUGAUCUCCAAUUACGCUACCAAUUGCAAAGUUUCUUGACAGAGGAAGUUAGUGACGCAGAAUUUCAGGAGGAUGUCGAUCGGAUACUUUCGAGUUUCGAUUUAAAUCUUCAAAGGAAGGUUGCGCCGCCACGUGAUUUUAUUCACUCAAUAUCAAGCGGCAAUUCUGAGAAAGCAUUUCAAAAAUCUCCAAAAUCAUCACCAGUUAUGCAAGACUCUUCACCACUUUUGGAAUUUGAGGCAGAGAAUAUAGCAAAAUACCUUACGUUAAUGGAUUUUAAUGCAUUAAAAUCUAUAACGUUCUUUGACUUUAUUACAGUCUGGUGGAGAAAGCGACAAGCAUUUGAGUCUCAGGGAAGUCCAAAUGCGGCUCUCAAAGAUCAACAAUUUGGCCUUAUGGAGAGUCAACUGGAUGCCUUUACUAGGAGAUCUAAUAUGUUAAGUCAUUGGAUAGCUCAUGAAAUAUGUAGUUUGAAAACAGUAGAAGCGAGACAAGCAAUACUUCGCAAAUUCAUUGAUACUGCCAAGUAUUGUCGAGAAUUUAAUAAUUUUCACACAUCAAUGUUCAUCGCGUUAACUUUGAAUUCGAAGCCGGUACAACGGCUCAGAAUGACCUGGGAAUCAUUGUCAAAUCAAGAUUUUAUGAAUCUGGAUAGUAUUGAAGAACUAAUUGAUCCAUCAGGGAAUAUGCGAAAUUAUAGAACAUCAUUAGAACGUGCUAAAUGUCCUAUAGUACCAUUUUUUGCUUCUUUUCUCAAGGACAUAACUAUUAUAAUGGAAGGUGUACCAACCUUUUUACCAGACAAUAGUUUUCGAGAUAAACAAUUUCAAAAUCCUUCAGCAACCACAACACCAACCACUGAAUAUAGUCAAGAAUCUCAUGGGUUACGAGUGGCACCAAAUUCCCCAAUACCAUCGCCAACUUUUUUGGAUGAACAAUAUACAAGACCUGAAUUAAUAAACUUUGAAAAAUUUAGAUCACUUAAAAAGAGUGUUUAUAAUAUUAAAAGAUACACAUCAAAAAGUUAUCCUUUUGAAAAUCAAUUAUCGCGACCGACUACUAUUACUGUUACACUUUCAUCUGAUAAUAAUACAACAGUACCUUCGGUGAAUACUCCUUCGUUAUCAACAACGAGUAUAAUUAAUACCACAUCAACGUCAUCGAACAUUCUUAAUAAUAAUAAAACAUAUUCAAGCUCAUCAUUGGAUUAUAUAGGUGAAAUAAUAGAAAGGCGUUUAUAUGAAGCAGCAGGAUUGAUAUUUGGUGGUAAUGUAGCUCAAAUAGCGACGUCUGAUGGUGGUGAACUAGAAGCUGAUUUAAUGGCGUUAUCACUAGAAGCCGAACCUGGUGUUACGUCAGCGCAGUAA